GGGGAAGUCUCCAGGCUCUGUAGGAUUUGAGCUUAGAAGGGGCCCUUUCUCGAGUCCAAUCUUGAAGUUGGGCGAUGCAGUCUUGAAGUAGUCUCCAUGUGUCCUUGCUGGCAUUAUCAUGAAGGCGCCGGUUUCUUUCCUUCCAGAUUUGGUGAGUUAUGAUCCCAGGGUUGUCAGUGUAGGCAUACUCAGCUUGUCUGAGGGUGUUUUCAAGAUUGACUCUGGUCUUGAAAAUGUUCCCAAAAAUUCCGAUUCGGCUACCCCAUCGUCCAAUUCUCGCCAAGCCGAUCAAUCGGCCUCUGGCCGUAACCCCGGCCGCGCUCCAUCACCCCAGCCGUCGCCGUCGGCCGCGCCUGGCCACAGACGGUGCCGAUUGAGGAAGCAAUUCCCUUCCUCGACUCCGGUAGAUGAGGGCUUGAGGGUUGGAUUGGACGAAAACAUCAUGGCGCUGUGCCAUUGUCAAAUUACUGACCGGGGGUUUGCCGAUGCUACUGAUAUGUUGGUCCCCAACUCUCAUCGGUAUAUCGCCGGUUAUCUGGUCUGGUGCAAAGAUGUAGGGGUGAAACCAACCUUGGACCAUUUCUUAUUCACCUUCAAACUGACCAAGGGCCAUAAGGAUUGGGCGUCCUAUGCCAGCCUUUCCCAGAGAUCCAGUAAACUCUUUGCGAGUGACAAGAAGGGGUCAACCAAAGACUGGAAGCCUUUCUUUGUCUUUGUUUCGACGGGGCCCGAAUCUCCUUUCACGGGUUCAGGGCGCCCUUCCUUCCGCCGCGUCCCAUGCCCCCCAUCUGAUGCCACCCUUUUGUCCAUCACUCGCCAACUUUGCAACAAAGGAGUUAUGAACAUCAAAGAGGUGGUGACAGAGGAAACCCUUGCCGGGUUGGGGUUUGAGUUUGUUCAGGAUGAGCUCCGCCACCAACCCGACCUAUUGAGGGACAACCCUGGGGGGCAUCAGCCUGACCAGCAGAAGGACAUUCCUGAGGAAGUGGAACUACAAGAUCCAGGUGAAGAGAUGGACAGCGAACUCCUGCUCAGUCGCUUCACUGCAGGGAGGAAGAGGAAGAGAGAGACGAAAGGCCAGGGCAAGCGCUCUUCGUCUCACCACGAAGGGAGUCCUUCCCGAGAGCCAGCUGUAAUUGUGGUGGAGGACCAAGAGGAUGCUACUCUGGAGACUGGUACCAUGGCUGGCUAUUCCCCUCCUCGCUCUGUGAGGCCGGGUGGCGACCUCGCUGGGUCGUCACGAGGCGUUGCUUCGGAGCGACCUCCUUCGCCUCCCGCAGUGACCUACGAGGUGGCGACUGGUGGUCGCUGGACGAGACUUUGCAUUCCUCCUCUGCCCCAAAGCUUAGGGGACGUGCAACUGGAGACCCUGAUCACCUUGCCCGCGGAGGACCAAGCCCGCAUCUCGGCCGGUUCUGAGGACGACCUCGAUAAUAUGGUCCUCUUGAGGCUAAGCCAGGCCACGCUAGGGAUGAUCGAGGUGGUCGGUAGGAGACGGGGUCGCCAGGCCACCGCGGAAGCAGCCGAGGCCAAGCAGAAGGAGCUGCAAGAAGAGGUCGCUCGACUCACAAGGGAGUUGGAGGAGAAAGAAAAUCACUGCGCAGCGCUUGCUGUGGAGAAAACUUCCCAAGAGAACCGCUGUGCCGCCCUUGAAGCAGACAAGGUCUCCUUGUCCUUGGAGGUAGAAUCUGUUUCUGCCCGCGUGCUCGAGCUGGAGGGGGAGAAAACUGACCUGAUCCAACAGUUGGAAGUGAAGAGGAGCGACCGAGUCCGCCAUGCAAAGGAAGCGAUAGAAUCCUUUAAGUCCUCUCCUGACUUUACGGUGGUCGCGAUGGAGCGGAUGGAAAAGCUGACGACGGCUUGGCUCGAGACCGAACCUGGGGCCCAAUGGAUGGUCAAGGAGGGCACCAAGUCCUUCAACUAUGGACUCUUCUGCGCCCAACAGGUUUUCCGCGAUAGACUGGCUCGGCUCCCCAAGGGAUUCUCUCUCCCCGACCUUGGCUUCCCUCCUCCCUGCCGCUCCUUGGCCGAGUUCGACCCCAGUCCUUAUCUGGACGGGGGGAGCUCGAGUGCGUCGGAAGAAGAGGAAGAAGAAGAAGUGGAAGGCGGUCAGGGCGACCAGGAUCAGGGGACCAGCUUAGCCACCUCCAAGGUGGGUGAAAAUCCCAGCGCGAGCGUCUAACUUCUCCUGUUGUUCCCCUAGAGUUUUGUAAACAUUUGUUGUUUUUUUUCUUUCCUUUUGUAAUGACUUGUCGUUUUGAUACAAUGCUCCUCCUAUGUUAUUUGACUCGUUGGAUGCAUCAUACGCCUCCGUUCUUCAGCGUUUUACUCUUUUCUCUAGUUUAGUUGAUUCGCAUGUAUGUUCUAGUCUGAGCCCAACUGUAACGCCCUAGAAACCGGUCUAGAAGUUAUUCGCUAAUUAAUUAAAUACUCCCUCCGUCCCCCUAAGAUGUUCUCAUUUUGACUUUUGGUGGUUUUUAAGGAAAGUUGAAAAAAGGUGAAAGUUUACCAUAAUACCCUUAAUGAAAUAUGGGUGGGGUG